CACACCCCUGGAACACUGAAUUAAGCUCCACCACAAAUUUCUAUUCCUUCACUCCAGUUUCAGACAGUGAGUUCUCAAUAUGAGGUCUCUUUCAUGUCUUUUUGUGCUGGGGGUGGCUGUAAUGUUGGGGUUGCAGUUUCAAUUCAGUGUUACAGAGUCCAUGUAUGGGGCGUAUGCACCUGGGGACAUUGUCAUUGGGAUUCUGAGCUCAGUUCACACUGACAUAAAAGAUCUUCAGCCUUGGAUCCUUCCAGAUACGUCUGUCUGUAUAAACUUUGAUCUAUUAACAUUUGUACUAUCUUUAGCUUCAAUUCACACAAUUGAAAUGAUCAAUGACUCUGGAUUUCUUCCUGGGAUUCAGCUUGGACAUCUGAUGUGUGAUCCGUGUGCAUAUGCAACCAAGGCCGUACAGUGUGUGGCGGACAUGCUGGCUGUUAAUGGGUCACUUACAGUCCUCUCUGACUUUUCAAAAUUCAGUCCACCUGUGAAAGCCUUCCUUGGCGAAAGAUACACUGAAACAUCUAUUCCUGCUGCCAAACUGAUUAGCCUGUACAAGAUUCCCCAGGUGAGUUGCACAUCUUCUGCAGCAGCCCUAAGUGACAAGUUACGCUACACAUCCUUCUUUCGUGUCAUUCCAAGUAACAUAUACCAGACACAGGCAUUGGCAAAGCUGAUGAGGCACUUUAACUGGGACUGGAUUGGGGUUAUGAGCCUUGAUGAUGAUUAUGGUAAAGGUAUCUAUGAGAACUUUGUGCGUCAUGCAGAGAAAGAGAGGAUAUGCUUUGACUUUGAUGAAGUGGUAUCAAACUACGGUAAUGUGAAACAGCGCAUCAAGGAGGUGGCUGAUAUUAUCCGAAACUCCACUGCUAAAGUUGUGGUGCUCUUCCUAAGAAUUCAGCAGGUAGAGAUGCUCUUUGAAGAGAUGAUUAAGACAAACACUUCUCGAAUCUGGAUCGCCAGUAACACAUGGUCUAUGUCUCGCCUCUUAAUGAAGAUGAAGGGCAUAAACAAGGUGGGAGACAUUCUUGGCACUACCUUCAUCACAGGGAACAUCCCAGGUUUUGAAGACUACCUCCAGAAUCUGAGGCCACGUCCAGGGGCGAGAAAUGACUUCAUCAGGGAGUACAAACAAAUGAGAUUUAACUGCAGUCAGCAGUCGGAGCACACGUCCCCUUUAGCCUGCAAUGUGACAGACCCCCAGGAGGCAAACGAUGACUACCUGCUAGAUGCUGUGGACGUGACGGAGGCCUACAAUCAGAGAAUAGCAGUGUAUGCUGUAGCUCAUGCCAUGAAGAAACUUCUUCAGUGCAAUGACACUGCCUGCUCUGGAGAUACCAACUUACCGCCGUAUAAGCUUGUGGACAUUCUUCGUAAGGUGAACUUCACUUUGGACAAUCAGACAUACUCCUUCAAUGAAAAUGGUGAAUUUGAGAAUGGUUAUGACGUCAUGAUGUGGAAACAGAAUGGUGAUGAAAAAGUAUGUGAAGUGGUAGGAAAGUUUCUAAUAAAGACUGGAGACAUUGAGAUCUAUAAACACAAAAUCCCCUGGACCAACAAUACGGUGCCCUGGUCAAGGUGUUCACAGCCAUGUCCCCCUGGCACAGGGAAGAACAUAUCAAGCAUCUCCUGUUGCUAUGACUGUACUAACUGUACUGAAGGAUUUUAUUCUAAUGAAACAGAUCAGCACACUUGUAAACAAUGUCCAGAAGGCUCUUGGUCUCUUCCAGGAUCGAGGGAAUGUCAGAAAUGGAAGGUUUGGUUUUUGGAGUGGUCUUCAGCUUAUUCCAUUGUAGUGGUGAUUGGAACAGUAAUAGGUGCACUACUGCUGGUGUUCUCAUUUAUCUUUUACAUUCUACACAGAGAAAAACCCAUCAUAAAGGACAUCUUAGUUAUUUCUUGUUUGAUGAAAUUUGGCCUGAUGGUGAGUUUUGGAGGUGUAAUACUUUUCUUAGGCAGCCCAAAUAUCCAUCUUUGCAGAGCACAACAGAUCAUGUAUGGUCUUGGGUUCACUCUCUGUGUGUCCUGCAUUCUGGUUAAGGCCCUUCACAUAUUCUUAGAGUUAAUGUCCUCUAAUCCUGCAAAGCAGCGCAAACUAAGAAAGUUUGAUAAGCCCUUUGUCAUCAUAGGAAUCUUCACUGCUAUUCAAGCUCUCAUCUGUAUCUUCUGGAUGAUCUUUGAUCCUGUUGAUGUUGAGGAGAAACAAUCAAAAACUCAGUUACUUACUCUGAACCGUCUGUGCACUCAGGGCUCUAUGUAUGGCUUUGGUGUGAUGCAUGUCUACAUUGCUUUACUAGCUGUGGUGUGUUUUGGACUGGCCUUCAAGGGGAGAGAUAACGAGACUGAUCCUAUAAUCUUCAGUAUGCUCAUCCAUCUGUUUGCCUGGCUUUGCUUUAUUCCAAUCUUUAUCACUCAAUAUGAAUCACGCCCCAUCGUCCAGAUCUCUGGCAUUAUGGUCUCCAACUAUGGAGUCAUCUUCUGCCACUUUGCUCCAAAAUGGUUUAAGACCCUCUCAGAAAAGGCUGAAACAUUGAAGGCAGUAAAACCACCAGUUGAUUCUCUCACAAAUGACUCAGACUCUGGAGUGAUUUCUAACUUCACAUUUGGCUCAAGAGAGUCAAUACACAGCAUUCCACUGAGUCGAUUCAGCAUUGCAGAGUCAGAACAAUCCAACUGGGAUAUUGACAGCCUGCGUCUGUCAGAAGCCAGUAUAGCCUCAUUUAGGCGUCGGAGACGAAGUUGGAGAUCAAGAAGUCUGAGACCAAGAAGUCUGAGACCAAGAAGCUGGACACUAAGGAGUUUAUAAGCCUGUUCAAUUGGUUAACUCAUCUGUAAAAUCUGUAAUAAAAUUCUUACACAUCUUACCAGUUAUAAACAGCAGGACAAGCACGUUUCUAGUGGGUGGUAUUUUCUACAAACCCAGAUGUUUGCAUCACACAUGGUCAUAUCAAAACUAAAAGUUGUUGAUAUAGCACGUACGAAAAUAUAAAGUUAUACCUGUAGCUGCCAUUUAAUCACCUCUUUCUUUCUCCCCCUGCUGAUGUUCUACCAAUGUAUAAAAGAUAGAGAGACCUAAACCAAGACUAAUGGUUGAAUGACUUUUUUAAAUCAUCUGUCAUUUUGCUAGUUAAAAAGUGUUUAAUAUGGAUACACACACUAGGAAACUAAGGCGAGUAGCAGUGGACAAAAACCUUUUUUUUUCUUCAAUUUGUGGAGACAUCUACAUCUACUGCAUGGACAGAAUUUAAAUUAUUUAGCCAUUAUUGAAAUACAGUAGGUAAUUUGGCCUGUGAUUUUCUUAGGGAGGAAGGUAGGAAAACACUGGUCCAGAUGUUCCAGGGUGUGUUAUAAAACAGUGUUGAGAGAAUAUCAUAAAGAGAUAAUACCACUGUGUUGUUUGUCUUCUUUUUAAUCUUAGUUAAAUCCUCCUUAAUUUAAAAAAAACUUUCAGAUGUCUGUUUAAUGUGUGCUCGAUAGAGUUUGUCGCAGCCAGACAUUUCUAAGGCACAUAUAUUUUUUUAAAAAUCUGUGUUAAAAACAUAUUCUUUAUUGUUCUGUGAGUUCUGUAUGUACAGUUGUGUAUUUUUUAUAUUUUACAAAUAAUAGAAAUAUGUUUGGCCAAAUGGUCACACUCACUUGACAUAAACUGCAAACAUCAUUCUGGUGUAUUGUAAUAAUGGCUAGAGAUUGGUGAGCCAGCAUCCCCCAGUAAACCCCAAGACUGACAGGGUACUCCUGGUUGUGCCCUUGGGAAAGGCAGCUAACCCCCCUCCUACUGGCAGUGUUGAGCAUACUUAUGCAGAAAAUGACAAAUUUCCGUUCUAGGAUCACUAUCAAACUUCUUAGUGCCAUAAACCUGUCUGGUGCUUUCUUUUGGAGAAAGAGGGCUACAUUU